AUGCGGCCUGUGCGUCCAGCCUGCCUUUGCUGCUGUACUGGCUGCUGCUGUGCCUGGUCCCUCUGUGCCUCCUCCCUUGUCGUCUCUGCCUCUCUAUGCUCUCCCCCACCCACCUGCCUCCUCCCAUCCCCUCUCCCCAACCCCAAACCCCGCAGCACCCUCGCCCUAUCCCCCCCCUCCAUACCCUCCCCUCCUAACCCCUGCGCUCCCGCCGUCGUGUCCCCCGCCACCUCCUCUCUCCCUCUCUCCCCGAACCAGCCCGCACCCAAGGGCUGGCCUGGCCCCACUGACCCUCCUGCUGUCGCCCCUGUUGACCUUCCUGCUGCUGCCCCUGCUGACCCUCUUGAUGCUGCUCUUGCUGUCCUCUCUCCUCUCCCAUACUGGCCUGCCCCUCCUGCCCCUGCUGGCCCUCCUGCUGUCGUCGCUGCUGUUGCUGUCUCCUCUCCUCCUCCCAGCCAGCCUGCCCCUGCUGACCCACACGCCGCUGCCCAUGCUGACCCCCCUGCUGCCGCCCCUGUUGACCUUGCUGACCUUCCUGGUGCUGCCGCUAUUGCCCUCUCUCCUCUCCCCUACAAACCUGCUGCCGCUGCCCCUCCUGGCCCUGCUGUUGCUGCUGCUGCUGCUGCUGCUGCUGCUGCUGCUGCCGCUGCUGCCGCUGCUGCUGCUGCUAUUGCUGCUGCUGCUGCUGCUGCUGUGAAGAAAUGA